GGGCUUUGAAUAGUGUCAUUGUUACUACACACGCGCAUUCAGCACCAUGAUGUUUCUGGUACUGGUUGCUUGCCUUUUGCUCAAUCCUGUCGAAGGAGGACCUUUCCGUGGUGCAUACCCUGGAAUCGAAAGUAUGAGAUUUGAAGCUUUAAAUGGUGUAUACCCUGAAGUCAAAAGUGUGAGCUUUCAAGAACUGAUGCAAAUCCUUGGGAUAAUAGAUGUGCGCUUGGUUAAUGGGACAGAAGAGGCCGGGCGACUUGAGAUUGUACAUGAAGGAACCUGGGGCACAGUGUGUGAAGAUGAGUUUGGAAGGGAAGAGGCUCUUGUGGCUUGCAAAAUGUUACGAAUUUACGAUGGUAAAGCAGUCUAUGCUAAGUCCUUCAUGUUCGGCGCUGGCAGCGAUGAGCAACAAAUUCUGCUGAGCGACCUCGACUGUAACGGCACAGAGACAACGCUGUGGGAUUGUAAACACAGUGGUUUGUACAACCACAGUUGUAGGCACAGCAAAGACAUCGGCAUCAUUUGCAAUUUCAAUGCCAACCAGCUUCGUCUGUCUGGUAAAAGUCGAAUCAACCAAAACAUGGGUCGUGUGGAAAUCAAAGUCGGUGGUGUGUGGAGCGGUGUGUGUGGCAGCUUCAGCAGACUUUCAGCCAAAGUAAUCUGUAGACAACUUGGUUAUCCAUCAGAAAGCGCAAUGACUACAUGGUUUCGCCGUUUGGUCCACGGGAAUCAAGAGGCGUCUUAGAAGUUGAUCUGAACUGUACAGUAAACGAGACUCGGAUUCAAAAUUGUCUUGUGGAACCUAUCUUUUACAGUGCCAACUGCAAUACAGAAGAAUUUGGUGUUAUUUGCAGCAAUAGAACCACAUCUCUUUAUGUUGUUGUUGAAUCAUCUACUGAAUACCCAUUCAUGGAAGGACAACACGUAAGUCUGAAGUGUGAGAAAACACAGUCAAAAAAGCCUGUGGCUAACUACUCUUGGCCAGAAACUGCAGGUGGAAGUCCUUCUGGUCAGUUCCUGAUCUUUGACAAUGUGACGAGAGAGCACAAUGGAAUGCUAGUGGGGUGUGCAGGCAGCUAUGGAGAUAACACGAGAACAACUCAUAUUCAGUGACACUACAAUGUUACAAGUUUACUACAAACCAGUAAUUGAGAUUAUCUCAAAUUCUACUAAGUGUAGAUAUGAGAAGCAUAUUUCGAAUGUAUGUCUUGUCACUCGUGGCGAUGAUGUUACAUUUAUGUGCAUCGCUAGAAGCAACCCACCUCCUGCUUCUUUCAAAUGGUUUGGAGGAACUAGCAGCACCACAAUGAAUUUAACGAUUACAGCAGCAAAGCCUGCAUCUGAUGAUGGACCAUACAUAUGUUAUGUAGAAACGAAAUCGUUUGCAAAUGAUCCACGGCUGCCUCUUUCAUCAUUUUACCAAGCUUACCGUCAUUCG